UAUACAAAAUUUUGACAUAAUUGAUCAUCCUACUAAGCAAUGAAUCAUCCAAACAAUAAGUAAGCGGUAUGUGCAAAAUGUUAGGUCAUUUCCAUGUAAUAAUGAUUUUGAUUUGCCAACUAAUGCAAGCAUUGAUUGGAAGACAGAAUUAUGUUCUCCAACGUGUCAUUAAACUUGUAUUUUAUUAUCAACCACUUAUUUGAUUCGAAUCACUCGCUAUCAAGAUUCCUUUAUUAUGCUCAUCAUUGAGCAGCCAUAAUGGACCACUAUAUAUGCACAAAUAUAUUUAUAUCAGCCUUCACUUCCUUGAAGCUUAAGGUAAUUAAAUCAAUGGUGGCGGCUGAAGAGAUUCUGAAGCUCUUUGAUUCUUGCUGGUUUCAAGGGGAGAUUCUAACCAGAAAACAAUGCCCAUCAGUUCACGAAACCAAGCCAGUUCUUGAUGAUGAAUAUAAAAAAGAAUCAAAGACGAUGAUGGGUGUUCUAUCUCUUAAGGUUCGAUCACAGAGCGAUAAUUUGUUAAGCUUUGGGACGAGUUUUAGCCCACCCUCCGAUUCUUUAAAGUCUGGGAUCAUCAAACCGGAGCUUGAAGAUUUGCAGGUUAUCACGAAGAAGGUGUGUGAAAUUAAGAAAAGGAGGGUGGCGAGGAAAAAGCUUGGCGGUCAUAGGAGCUUAUCAGAGCUUGAAAUUGAGGAGCUAAAAGGAUUUAUGGAUUUGGGGUUUGUGUUUACAGAAGAAGAUAAGAGCUCGAGUUUGGCAUCCAUAAUUCCUGGGUUGCAGAGAUGGGGAAGCAGAGAUGAAGUGAUGACCAAUGAGAGUUCAGUUCAAAGGCCUUAUCUUUCUGAAGCGUGGAGCAUUAUGGAUCAGAGAAAGAUGAUGAAGAAGCUUCUGAAAUGGAGAUUUCCACCUCUCAGCAACGAAACCAACAUGAAGGACAACCUCAAAUUCUGGGCUCAAACUGUUGCAUCAGCCGUCCGAUAAUGUUUUCUUCUUUCAAUUCUUAGCUUGUUUAUGUUUCCUGGUUUUGGUUUUUAUUGUUUUUAGCAAAUUGUGGUUAGGUGGGAGGUGGUGCAAGUGUACAUAUUGGGAGAUGGGAAGAACCUUAUUCUCCGAUGCCACUUAUCCUGUGAUGUCUGCUGAAACAUGAAUAAAACAUUUGUUGAUUGUGAUCA